UAAUUCUGUAUUUUCUUGAAUUCCUAUGCAAUAUAAUUAUUCUUUACACUAAAGAAUGAUACGUUGUUUGUAAAAGUUCGCUCCGGAGUAAAAUUAAUGUCAGUUUUAUACUUUUUCCUGCUGUAAAUGAACUUCAAAGUUUACAAGAGUUUGUAGUUUAUUAUUUUGAUAUUGUAAUACUUACUAGUGAAAAUGCAGGCUGCUUCAAAGUCCAAGAUCGGUGAGCUGCAAGCGAUCAUGACAAAAAUGCCAUUCAAAGUAUGCUGUGUCUAUGCUUUGCCAGAGUUUGGGGUGCGGUGGAGUGAAGUGUCUCGAGCAGUCAGGAACGCCCGGCUGCCUAUGACGUCAGCGAGUGUUGCCAGAAUCAUUUGCAGACACGUCGCGAAGUCGCUUCCUGCUGAUGACGUUGAGGACAUCAUAGCUACGCUGCAGUUAAAGUUGGUGGCCACACAGACGCGCACGUGGCACGCGCUGCGCCUGCUGCACAGGGACGGCUUGGAGCCGGCGGCGGUGCUGGCGCGGCGGCUGCCCGGCCGCCUGCGGAGCGCCCUGAGCGAGGGCCGUGCGAGGAACAUGCGCGCUGAGGUGCAGACAGCAAUGAUGGGAGACCUGAUAUACGUGAGCGUGCGUCUGGUGUCUGCCACGAGGGAAGGCUCCGUACUGUACCUUGCGGUGCCCCCAGGCCAGGACGCGCUGUUGACCAGUAGUCUGUCAGGCACCACGCUCCUCAAGGCCGCAGUGCAAGCUUUAGGCUACAAGGAAUACCAGAACAUGAACCUCCACGGGCACGACAUAGAUUCCUUACUGCGCAUCAGUGACCCCGCCUGGAAUGGACCCGCCGACCACUUGUCCGCGCCGCCGGAUUACGCGCCCGCUCCAGUCGUCACUCAAAACGGGAUCGACUACACGAAUAAAACGUACGACGAACGAUACGUCGACCAAAUCAUCGGACCCCAACCUCCGCUGCUAACAGACAUCACUAUUACCGCAACUAAAUCCUUCUUCGACCCAUCCAGGUUGAACAAACAAAUGAAUUUGACGGUGCGGUUGAAAAGUGACGACGUAGCGAAGAGUUUGAAGUCGUGGGUGUCACGCGGCGCCCUGGCCCCAACAUCGGAUUUCUUCCAGAUUUAUCACAAAAUUAAAUCCAACAAAAUCAUGUACACUCAAGAUUCAGACUGAUAUAUCCGAGUUUAUUUGGUUUUUAAUUAAUAUUUAGCUUGAUUGUGAAUUAGCGACCCGCCCCGGCUUCGCACGGAUGCUAUGCCUAUAUACAUAUAAAAUUCCCUCUUGAAUGACUCUUUCAUUGCUGAAACCUGCGUUUUGAGUGAUUUUGUCCCAUAAUGUACCUACUAAUGUGAAAUAAAAUAUAUUGAAAAAAUUAUAUUCAUUAAAAAUUCCUA